AUGGAAGAGCUUUACAGAAAGUUUGCAGAGACUCUGAAAGAAAACACGGCGCUAAGACAUCAGAUAAUAGACCUCCAGUCUGCCCUUGCAGCGAAGGAGCAGGAGCUGUCUAUGGCUAGGGAGUCCUCUGGGGCAAGCCAGUACUUGAAGAAGAUAGAAUCUCUAGAGCAGGAAAACAAAAGAUUGAGAAGUAUAGCGGGGAAGGACGACCAUAAGAGCCACGAAGAGGAAAACUUGAAUCCAAAGGUCUCCGUGGGUAGGGAAAAAGCCGAAGGAAGCAUCCAGGCAGGUGGAGAAAGAAGCCCUAACGAUGAGCUCCGCCAAUAUCUUAGGACAAUAAGAGAGUACGUCACAGGACUGACAGGAUACAAGAUGGAGUUCAGAGAUGGAGAAAUCGUCUUCCAUUCCCUCUAUGCCUUUGACAGCGAGGAUGUCUUCAUCUUCCGCUAUAAAUCAGGGAGCAUGGAGCUAGUCAAUAAUGAAUUUGCUGCCUCUUGGGCCUCAGAAAUCCAAAACUAUCUGAUUGCAGGAAAGUCGAUUCCUGCAUUUCUAGCAGCAGUCACCUUGGAGCUCUUCAACAAGAAGACGUUUGGAUAG